AUGGCACAACGUCUGACAUAUAGGCGCCGCUUGAGCUAUAAAACCAGAUCUAAUAGAACCAGAGUAAUCAAAACUCCUGGUGGCAAACUUACUUGCUAUACGAAAAGAAAGGCUUCAGGAAUUCCAGCUCUCCGACCACGCCAAUACGCACGAAUUUCUAAGCGUCAGAAGACAGUUCGACGAGCUUACGGUGGUAGUCGUUGUGCUAGAUGCGUGAAAGACCAUAUCGUCCGUGCUUUAUUGAUUGAAGAACAAAAGAUUGUUAAGAGG